ACAUAACCUCGGUUCCCUGAGACAAAGGGAACGAGACAUUGCAAAUGUUAGCCACACUACAAGACUCAGAGUUCUUGAGGUAUGAGCGAUGCGAUCCUUGUUCUCAGUCAGAAAUUCUGAGGAAAUGGUGUUUGUGCACCUGACAGUUUCGUGCCAAAGCAGGUGUGGCUCAAACACCAUAGCCAAUAUUAGAAUAUUGCCAUUAUUGCAGAGAGGUUUCAACUAGGUUGUGUAAGAAUGCACUCCCCUUAUGCGUUAAUAAAUGCAAUGUCUCAUUCCCUUCAUCUCAGGGAACCGAGGUUACGUACGUAACCAAGACUUUCUCCACUGAGGUUGUAGAAUACGUGAGUCACAACAGACAUUCUUAGUUGACUGUUUAUUUGUCAUUUGAUUUGCUCACAUCUCUUACAUCAUCAGCGAGCAUCAGAAUAUCAUUCUAAUAAUAUGAAUUCAACCAUGUAUUAUGCUAAAUUUCCUUAAAAUAGUUACUGGCAAAAUGGCAAAGUGAUUCCUCAAAUCCCGGUAUUUGUUCUUCUUUGAUAUAACACAUCUACAGAGGCAGAAUAUUUGUACGAAUGAACAGAGGCACAGCUAUUUGGUUUUGUAAUAGAUUUGCAAGAGCACAUGACACGUUUUGAGGGAGAGCAGUGAGAUUUCAUAGAGCAGUGUAUAUUUGAGAACGCGCAUUACAGAUUUGUGAGAGAGCAAAGGAAAUCUGCAUGCGAGUGGAGGCAUUCGUGAACGCGCAACAGGUACAAGGAUGUGUUCUCGCAUGAAAUGCAUGUGCUCUCGACAUUUAACAAUGAUAUAACGCUAUGAACUACAGUGUAUUAAGCUGGACCAUGGUCUACUAUGCUGUUAAUUUUCAUUUAUCUUCACAAUGCAUUUUUUUUAUUGUUUUUAUUUAUCUUUUGAUUUUCCUUGGUAAAUUUAUCAUCAUUCUCUGUGCCUCCCCUGACAUGUUAUGGCGCCCCCCAGUUUGAAAUCCGUAGAGUUAGAUGAUCAGAAACACUUGCACGCUGCUUUUCCCAAGUGCUCAGACUGUCAGCUCCUGCAAAGGACAACUAAACAGAGAUGGAAACCAAAACAAAGCAAGCCAAGGGGGCAUCACAAAAAGAAAAGGAAUUAGAAAUGUAAUAACUUGUAUGAUGAACUAAUCAUUAAAAUAAUGUGAUUUCCAUUUUAGAGAAGUAAUUUGUCAUCUUUAAUGGAUAAUUUUUUGAGUAACUUACACAACACUGAAUUCACAAUGCAAAAAAGAUCUUUAUGGUCUUUAAAGUAGUCUUCGUUUUCUUUAUGCAAAAUAUGUCUUUCUUUUGUUGUCGGAGUGAAAUAUGACCUUGAUAUGUUUUUGUGAGAUUCACCCAUUGAGGUAAUUGACUAAAAAGAUAAUUGAGCAUUAGUCACUUUCAUCAUUCUCUCCUCAUUUUGCCUUCGACUAAAUACAUUGUCAGUUUGUUUUUUUGUUUGUUUUUUUUACAAAAACUUACAAUAGAAGGUCCAGUUCUCAAACUAAUGUUACAUAUGACAAAACUUUGUAUACAUACAAGAGUGAAACAGAAGAGUACAGAAAGAAGGAAUGAGUUUUAGAGUCCCUCCCACCAAGCUCCCCUGGGUCUGAGACUCAUUGACACAUCAGCACAAGGCAAUGUUAGUUGGGAGAAAGAGAGAGAGUAAUUGACUGGCAGAAUACAAAGACAGACUGCCAGACAGACUACACAGUAGACGAAUCCUACCAGAAGCUGGCUGUGGAGACCAUGGAGGAGCUUGACUGGUGCCUGGACCAGUUGGAGACCAUUCAGACCUACCGUUCCGUCAGUGACAUGGCCUCCAACAAGUUCAAGAGGAUGUUGAACCGGGAACUGAUGCAUCUGUCUGAGACGAGUCGCUCUGGAAACCAGGUGUCUGAAUUUAUUUCCAACACCUUCUUAGAUAAACCGAAUGAACUGGAGAUCCCAUCGCCCACUUCAAAAUCGCGGGAAAGGAAGAGAAGGCAGCAGCAGCUUAUGACUCAGAUUAGUGGGGUGAGGAAAAUCACUCAUGGGCCUGGUCUUUCAAGCAGCUGCAGUACGGCCCGCUUUGGAGUAAAAACAGAUCAUGAGGACUUGCUCUCCAAGGACCUAGAAGACAUCAACAAGUGGGGUCUGAACAUCUUUAAAGUUGCAGAGCAUUCUCACCAUCGGCCGCUGACCUGCAUCAUGUACGCCAUAUUUCAGGAAAGAGACUUAAUGAAGACAUUCAAGAUCCCAGUGGACACCUUUGUGACAUACAUGAUGACUCUUGAAGACCACUACCAUGCAGAUGUUGCCUAUCACAACAGUCUUCAUGCGGCUGAUGUGGCCCAAUCCACACACAUCCUUCUGUCCACACCUGCACUGGAUGCAGUUUUCACAGAUCUGGAGAUUUUGGCAGCUAUCUUUGCAGCAGCCAUCCACGAUGUGGACCACCCAGGGGUCUCAAACCAAUUCCUAAUUAAUACCAACUCUGAGCUGGCCCUCAUGUACAAUGAUGAGUCUGUUCUUGAGAAUCAUCACCUAGCUGUCGGAUUCAAGCUCCUGCAAGGGGAAAACUGUGACAUUUUCCAGAACCUCACCAAGAAGCAGCGACAGAGUCUGAGGAAAAUGGUCAUUGAUAUGGUACUAGCAACAGACAUGUCCAAGCACAUGAGCUUACUGGCUGAUCUAAAGACAAUGGUUGAGACCAAGAAAGUGACCAGCUCGGGAGUGUUGUUGCUUGACAACUAUACAGACAGGAUACAGGUCUUACGCAAUAUGGUUCACUGCGCUGAUCUCAGCAACCCCACCAAGUCCUUAGAUCUCUACCGACAGUGGACGGACUGCAUUAUGGAAGAGUUCUUCCACCAAGGUGACCGAGAAAGAGAGCAAGGCAUGGAGAUCAGCCCCAUGUGUGACAAACACACAGCUUCAGUGGAGAAGUCCCAGGUUGGUUUCAUUGACUACAUCGUACACCCACUUUGGGAGACAUGGGCAGACCUGGUGCAUCCAGAUGCACAGGAUAUAUUGGACACUUUGGAAGACAACCGGAACUGGUACCACAGUAUGAUACCACAAAGUCCUUCGCCCCCCUUCUACGAGCUGGGAAUUGACGACGAAGACAAGUUUCAGUUUGAAUUGGAGGUUGAGGAAGGAGUCAAGCAGGAUACAGAGAAACACUUAGACGCUGACUGCAUAGAGAUACAUUCGCCUUCGUCUGCUGAGACGUAGCACCUCACUACAAUAGCUGCUGUGAUAGCCAUAUUUGACUGUAAAAUAAAGUGGAGAAAUAUUAUUCUCAUGCUGACUGAGAAUCCCUCAGAGGAGCACUGUGUCUUGGGACUCUGCUGUUGUUACAGAGCACAAAAGGCAAAGAAAACAUCCUCUGGAAUCAAGUUGGAAUUUGCAGGCAUCCAUUCAAGUUGGACAUUGCCAAAAGAGGAUGGUCGUACCGAAAGUGCCCAUCUGAUUGAACAAGGAGUGCCAUAAGCUGGAAUUUUAUAAUCAGAGGUUUACAGACUGAUCUGAAUGUGGGAGUGGGUUUCUGUGAGGGAAAAAUACUGACCCUCGUAUAAGAGGGGGUUUUACUACAAUGUCAAAGUGACUUUGUAUACUUUUUGUACUUGUGUGUUUUGUGACUUUUUUUGGUGUCACAUAAAACGACACUUUUUAACACGUCAAAUCAGAGGAAUGUUAUCAUGCUGAAAGCAAAAUAAUGGACAUUCCAUGCGUUUAUUGGGAAUGCAGUCUUCCUAAGUAAUGGACAAUAGAAUAAUCUAAUUCUUGUGCCAGCAUACUUAAUUCAGAUAAUACAAAACCUUUGUACUUUGUAACAAACUGCUUCGGUUUUUAAAGGUGUUCUUAUAAAGAUAUUCUUCUGGUUAAAUAA